GUGAAACGGGUGGUUAGCUGGCUAAACUGGACCAUUCUCAUGGGCGAUCUGUCUGAUUAAUGUACCCAUACGGAGAAGUAUAUACAGCGGAUUGAUUCAUAUGAAGUCUGUUUUCAUUAGUGGUAAGUAGGCAGCUGACGUACUAGUGGUUCUUUUAGCCCGUGAAGAAUCCAGGUCGUUAGCGAGCCACACCGCUAGCUUGACGUAGUAAAAACGCUUUUCGGUCUGUAUCGUUAGCCACCCAGCUUCCCCUGCUUUUCUGGCAGAGCUGAAAGUCGUGGAUCAAACUGUCAUCAUGACAUAGAAGGACCAGAGAUUGAGGUCGGUGCCGUACUCACCUGAGCUCGCCCGUGUGUGGCCCCUCCCUCCUGGCGUGGGCGUGGCAGGGGGCGGGGCCAUGCUGGGCUCCUCCCUCCUGCGCAGGAACAUGUCUCAGAAGCUGAGCGCGCUGCUGCUGCUCUCGGGGCUGAUCUGGGGGCUGCUGCUCCUGCGCUACACCUUCCAGCAGCCGGGCCGGCAGAGCAGCGCCCAGCUGCGGCAGCAGAUCCUGGAGCUGAGCCACCGCUACGUCCGCGUGCUGAGCGAGGAGAGCCGGCAGGCCGCCGGGCCCCAGGGCCCCUCCAUGGCGGGGCAAGCGGACCUGAAGAGGACGAUUGCCAUACUGCUGGACGACAUCUUGCAGCGGCUGGUCAAGCUGGAGGGCAAAAUGGACACCGCGGUGAACGGCUCGCUGCCCAAUGGCACGCAUGCGGCGGGCGCCGUCCCCGCCCCUGGCCCCGCCCCCCUGGCCCUCGCCCGGCACCGUGGCCAGGACACGCCCCCCCGCCGCCUGCAGACCCGCCGGCCGGCCACGCCCGCCCCGCCCCCCCGGCGCACGGAGACGGCGCUCCGCCGGCGGCGAACGGCGGGAAGCAGAUAGCGAGCGGGCGCUUAAGCCCCGCCCCCCCCAGUGAAGUUCCGCACCACGGGCGCAUCGGAGACAUGCUUCUGACAUUUUGUUUCACAUCUGCUGUUUUAUGUGUGUUUGGGGUUUUUCGGGGGUUUUUUUUGGGGGGGGGGGGUGGUUGUUCCUUUUUUCUGUUACUCCAUUAUGAGUCACUUUCGUUUCCGCCUGGAACUGAGGAAAUGGGCGUGACAUGCAGUCGAAUAAGGGGAACAUCCUGUUUGGAUGUGACAUGCAGUCGAAUAAGGGGAACUUCCUGUUUGGACGUGACAUGCGGUCGAAUAAGGGGAACUUCCUGUUUGGACGUGACAUGCGGUCGAAUAAGGGGAACUUCCUGUUUGGACGUGACAAGCGGUCGAAUAAGGGGAACUUCCUGUUUGGACGUGACGCAGCAGUGUGGCGCCGCGCUUGCGUACGAGCGCCCGUGUCCCAGUGGAGCAAUGCCCCAUGGAGAGCCGAGCCGAGGGGGAACAGACACUCUCAUUUGGGGGGCGGGGGGGGGGGGUUUCCCUAAUCAGCACCCUGAACUCAGCGUAGCAGUACAGUAAAUUACAAAACAAAAUCCAAAGAACCUAACCUGCACUGUGUGCUUAGACUGACUAAAUGUAUUUUUCUUAACCAGCAUUGAAAAUGGUUUGAGUAGAAUGUAUAUUUACGGGGAGGGGCAGUAGUCUGAGCAGGCUUUUAUGUUGGGGGGGGGGGGGGUGACCACCUGUUGUGGUGGUCUGUGAACGCUGACACACUUGGGCAUAAUCAAUGCUGUUCCAGUUUGUGUGCGAAAUUAGAAGCUAUAAUGUAAACCAGUUAACAGCAAAGCCUUACAGUCGCUUUUAAAAGAUGGUUCCUACUCUUAGGCUUCAUUAGGAGUCUGUAGGUGAACUAUUUUCAGUAACCAAUGGCAACGCUUUCCACGUCAGCUUGAGCUGAAGCACACGCACACGCACACGUACACACAUAUCUUAUGCAAGCACGUUGUCCUGCUGUGUUUUGCUGAGAGGCUGUCCCAGCAGCAGACAGCUGUUUGAUCUUUACCCGCGCGAACCGGGCCGAAGUCCGGCCACAGCGCUGGCUGUGCGCUUGGGGUCCAGUUAAGCACUUUCACAGAGUUCCAGUCGGGAGGAGACGUUGAGUAACUGCAGCGAUGUGUUGACGAGCAGAACCUGAAGCCGUUUCACAUCAUGUUAAAUGUAAAUGUCCACUUCCCCUUUGCCACAUGUGGAGAUGCCACAUUCUGCUCUCUUGCAGUUUUUUUUCCAAACUUUCUUUUCCUUCUACGUAGUGGAGGUCAGUCAAAAAUAACCUAUAGGCACCAGAUGUCCGUCUCUAGCUUUCCGUCCAUAUUCUUCUUCCUUUCCGUUUUGGUCCGUAGCGGGAGUUUCUGGUGCAGCGUUGCAGUUUAUGAAUACAGUAUGCGCCCAAUGACUGAACCUCCACUGCAACCACGCCCCCUUAAUUAAUAUUCAUGACUUCUGUCAAGUUGGAAUGUUCUGGCUCCAGCCGAAUGGAGGCCACUUUCAGCGCUAGAAACACAAAGCUGAGCAUUCGGUUGGGUGUACAGAAUCCAUGGUGUCGUUCAGUCCCAGCUCUCAGUGCUGUUCUGUGCUGAAUAUUAGUCCUCCUGGCCUAUAGGAGGAUUAUGCUGGAAUAUGAGCUUCACACCCCUUCCAAAUCCCUGUAGAACUCGACAAACGGCUGUUUAUCUGAGACUGAUCACCGGGGCUUGUGAUGUCAUAUCCUGUUAGGAACAGUACCAAUAUGAGGUUCUCAUAAAGCAAAGUAAGAAGAGGAUAGAAACCAUCUAAGAAGGGAGAUGAUGUCAGAGCCGGACGUUUACCUGCAGGUUUGGUGUGUGGCAGGGCUCAGGUGCGGGUGAUUGAGAGGGAAGGUGUCAGCGCUGGUCUUCAUAUGCUCACAAACCUGUAAAUAACACGAUCUCUGUCCCAGCCAUAUAGGACCAGGAGGGGCCUGCCCUAAAGCCUGGCUGACUGACCCCUCUAAAAUCAUCUCCUCUUUGUUAAGUUUGAUUAAAGUGUCUGAAAUUACAGUUGAUAACUCUGAUUAAAAGCUGUGCUUGGCAGAGCUAUCAGGGUCAACCCUUGUAAGAGUAAGACCAUUUAUAAGCUUCGCCAAACAUUUCAAGAUUUCCUGUUAGCAGAAAAUCGACCGGACAUUCAUUUUGGAAGGAUAUUUGUUUGUUCCGCACGUUUGCGCACACUUUAAAUGAUCGCUUAGCAACAUGCGGGCGGGUCAGGCUCCACCGUCGGUUACCUGGCCGGACGGUGUCAGAAGAGAACUGGUGAUGUCAGUCAAUGCGUCCGACACACAUUUCGGUUUUCAGACAUUUCAGUAUUCCACGGUUGAGUCUGUGUGAGUGUGCGCCGUCCAGGUUCGCCGGGCACUCUGGGUGAUUUUGCUUAAUUUUGUUCUCCGUUUUUCUCCCCGUGCGGUAUGAGGGGUGUACACCUCUCGCCAAAGACCGAGAGGGUCCCAGUCACCCCCUGGGUGCCCCGGGACAGGUCUGGGACCGGCUGUCCCGUCUUGCACCCCAAAAGUCCAGACAUUUCUGUUCCAGGGUCGGCUGAGAAAGGCAUGUGUCAUUCCGUACACCGUCACAAUCUCUGGAGUCCUCCCAGGACAGCGGGAGUGUUAUUAACGCCUGAUACUAAAGGACACGGACGCAUACACUCCGACAUUGGGCGCGGUUUUAGGGCGUUUUUAGCUGAGAUGGCGCGUGAAUAUUGUGCACAUUUCCUCUGCAGUAGAAUCAUUUGCAGUUCAUCCCAAGUCCACGGUUUGUUGCACAGGGGUUCCUGAUCUUAAACAGGAUAUUCCCCCCAUGGGUGAAGUGUAUUCAUUCUCUGAAGUAAUUUAGCUGAAAUUGUGUUUUUUUCCUUUUAAUGGUUUUAUGGUUCUGAAUGUAGAAAACUAUGCUUUGUACUCUUUUAUAUUGAGAACACAAGUGCACAAAAUGUAUUAGCGGACAUGCUGGUCCUGUUUCCAAAUGUAAGGCAGGUUUUGUUUUUAAUUUAAGAAGAAAGGUUUUCCUUCAUAUUUGGUAGAAACAGGCCUCUGUGUAUCGAUUAAUUGUCAUUAAACAUGGAGCUCAUGUUUGACGAAUAAAGCAAUUUUGAAGAUCCCAA